GCGCGGCCCCCGGCCGCCGAGCGCCGGUCGGCUACGGAGGUUGUGACUCAAAUAAAGAUGCCAGAGACCUCCUCAUGGGGCCCCUGCUCCAAGACAGUCUGGAAACAUCUGCCUCCGUACUUACCCAGGAACAGGAUAAUCGGAACAGAGUAAACUUAAAAAGCUUUGUUUGUCUGGACCCUACAGUUUUCCAUGGAGAAAUAUUGAAAAGAGCUGACCAGUUCCUGCAGUCCUGACACAAUGGCCCUGGCCCAGAUGGCGGUGACGUUCAGGGAUGUGGCUGUAGAUUUCUCACAGGAAGAGUGGGAGUUCCUGGACCCUGCCCAGAAGAGCCUGUACAGGGACGUGAUGUGGGAGACCUACAGCAAUCUCCUCUCGCUGGCAGGACCUUCCAUUUCUGAGAGAGAGAUGAUUGCCUUACUGGGUGAAGGAGGGAAGGAGCCUGAGGUGGCCGUAGAAGGGAGAAGACACUGUCCUGGUUUGGAGUCCCGAUUCAAGACAUCCUCGUCCUCAGACCGGGACGUUUACGAAGUACGUUCAUUGAAGUGGGAGUUGGUGGAGAAAAUGAAAGGCCUCACCCCGCAGGCUUCUGGCCUGGGACGCGACUGGGACUGUAAGAGCGGGACUGAGCGGCAGGGGCAGCCGCGGGAGGGCGGCUUCGCGCAGUUGGAAACGACCCCCGAGCAGGCCCCGCUGGCAGAGCGCGGCCUCCUGUCCGGGUGUCGGAGGGCGGGGGGCGGGGAGAGGGCGCACGCGUGCGCGGACUGCGGCAGGACCUUCGUGCGCCGCUCGACGCUCAGCCAGCACGUGAGGGUGCACACGGGCGAGAAGCCGUACCGCUGCCGGGACUGCGGGCAGCCCUUCCGGCAGCGCGCGCACCUGCUCCGCCACCGGCGGCUGCACACCGGGGAGAGGCCGCACGCGUGCGCCGACUGCGGCAAGGCCUUCGCCGUGCCCCAGGAGCUGGCGCAGCACCGCCGGCUGCACACCGGGGAGAAGCCGUACGCCUGCGCGGCCUGCGGCCGGGCCUUCCGGGUGCACCAGCAGCUGGCCCGCCACCAGCGGGUCCACACCGGGGAGAGGCCGUACGCCUGCGCCGCCUGCGGCCGGGCCUUCCGCCAGGGCACGCACCUCGCCCGGCACCGGCGGCUGCACGCCCCCGGCAGGCCGCCCCGCUGCGCGGACUGCGGCCCCGACCUGCGCGUCCACCGGGAGAGCCACCCGGGCGCCAGGCCCCACGCGUGCGCCGCCUGCGGCAAGGCCUUCCGCGCGCGCCAGCAGCUGGCCGCGCACCGGAGCGUGCACAGCGGCGAGAGGCCGCACGCCUGCGCCGACUGCGGGAGGGCCUUCCGCCUGCGCCAGCAGCUGCUGCGCCACCGGAGCGUCCACGCCCGCCAGAGGCCCCACGCCUGCCCGGAGUGCCGGCAGGCCUUCGGCAGCCCCUCGCAGCUCGCCGCCCACCGCAGCGUGCACGGCGGCCGGCGGCCCCACGCCUGCGCCGACUGCGGCAAGGCCUUCCGCCUGCCCGCGCAGCUCGCGCAGCACCGCAGCGUGCACACGGGCGAGAAGCCCCACGCCUGCGCCGACUGCGGCAAGGCCUUCCGCCUGCCCGCGCAGCUCGCGCAGCACCGCAGCGUGCACACGGGCGAGAAGCCGCACCGCUGCGCCGACUGCGGCAAGGCCUUCCGCCUGCCCUCGUUCCUCGCCCAGCACCGGAGGGUGCACACCGGGGAGAAGCCGUACCGCUGCGCGCGCUGCGGCCGGGCCUUCCGCCAGCACUCCCACCUCACCCAGCACCACAGGACCCACAGCGCCGCCUAGCCGCCCGCGGCCCGGCAGGCCGGCCGUCGCCGGCUUCAGGGACCGCCUGCUUCAGGCUGAGAAGACCGC